CAAGAGUUGCUCAGGUUGAGCAGAGCUGUUGGCUGUUGUGUUGUCACUUUGCAUACAUGGUAAGCGAACAGCAGUGUGUGAGAGCAGCGCGUGGUCUCUGCUGGUGUUCUCUUCAGACAGCAACGUGAAGGGUAAUAUGUGCGAUUUAUUACGAUGCGUUAAACUGCAAAGCUGCACUCCGCUCGUCUCUGCUGUAGCUCCUUCGACCCGAAAGUAAGCAACAAAAAUCAUGGUCAUCAUCAUCAUCACAAAAGAAAGAUCAAGCUGGGUGCCCAACAAGAGGCCCGAUCACAGUUUUGAAUCAUAACUGUGGAUGAACUGAAUGUGGGCAGACAGAAAGCUAGCGCCGCGCAGAGUUGCAGUGAACGACGGGACGAAAAAAAGCAAAGCCGUGUGAGUGUUUUCAUAAGCGGAGCUCGGAGUGGGGGAUGUCGGGCAGAAGUGGAGGAGCGCCUCGGGGGUGCAGCAACCCCAGCCUGCAGCCCCUCAGAGCCACAGUCCCAUACCAGCUCCAGAGGGGUUCCGCUCUCCUCUGCAGGGAGGUCAAGACGGCUGACAGGACCACAGCUCGCCCACCGAAACCCACCAUCCGCCGAACUCUUUCUUUGGACGCCAUCGUCGGACCCUAUCUGCAGGGACAGUGGCCCAAAGAGGCAGAGAGCACGGCUGUUACCUGUGUCAAUGACAAAGCCACACAGACUCCAAGUUCCUGGGCAGAGGAGACCCGAGGGAGGAAAAGUGCCGGCAAACACAAGCGCUCAGCAUCGUGGGGCAGUGCAGAGCACCUGAGGGAGGUGGCCAAGCUGAGGAACCAGUUGCAGAAGCGCUCCCGCCAUGUCCCUCCCUCAGCAGGAUAUGAGCUCCCCCAAAACCCCCUGCCAGCAGGUCAUGCAGCAGGCAUCACUCAGACACUGCCCCUGAUACCCCUGAACAGACUCGCUCCACGACUGCGACGUAGUGUUGAAGGCCUCAACUUGGAGCUGGAAGAGGUGUUUGUUUCUGAGAAACCUGAGGAUCUGCACGAGAUUCUGGAUAUCCCAGAUGGCCACAGGGCCCCUGUCCCUGUCCAGAGAUGCAGCAGUGGCUCUCAGAGUGAGCCCUCCCCUGGCCCCCUGGAUCUGGAUCCUUCCCUCCUCUCUCCUUCUCAGUCCCCCUGUCCUUUAGAUCCAUCGCUUGUGUCUCCUUCAAAUUCCCCUUCUCCAUUGAACCCAUCUCUUCUGUCUCCGUCACUGUCUCCCUGUCCCAUGGGAGAGCCAGAGCCAGUGGACUGUGAGACACUGUGUCCCGCUCCGUCCACAUCACUCCCUUCAUUUGCACUGGAUCCUCCUUUGUUGCAGCCCUGCUCCUCCGCUCCUCGGCCAAACAAAACUCACGGCUUCCAGCGCGAGCCGCCAGAAGGCUGCGAGCGAGUACGAGUGUGCGAGGAGGCGUUCUCCAGGGCUGCCUGUCAGGAUGAGCCUCUCCUUCAGCCAUCCUGCCCUGACCCCAACAAGGUCAACUUUACCCCCCAUGGAGGCUCCGCUUUCUGCCCUGUCAGUCUUCUAAAGCCCCUCCUGCCCUCCAUGGACCUCCUCUUCCGUGGGCUGUCAGUCUCUCCGGUCACCGGCUGCCCAGGUCAGGCCUCUCCUACCAGGCACCUGGGCAUGCAGUAGGUGGAUAUCUGAGCAGAGCAUCAUCUCAGGGCUAAACCACACUGCACUGCCAGAACCUGCAGAAACUGGAUAUGCUUUACAGAUACACCUGGCUCAUCACUGCUGUAACGUGCCAUGAUCACUGUGAUCAAAACAAGAGACUGUGAUUUAUACUUCAGAUUAACUUUAACUAAAAUCUGUCUGUUUUACUGAUUAUUUCCACCUGCAGGAUGCUUUGUUUAAGCUGAUAUUUACCUCAUCCGUACUUAGUAUUCCCUAUGUGAGCUGUGGAUUAACUACAGGACUGGAAAUGUGUGUUUUUUUUGUUUGUUUUUUACGGCUGACUAAGUUUUUGAUAAAACUUAAUAUUGUUUUAGUUGUGCAUCAGCAGUUCAGACAAAGACUGCAGUCUGCUGGGGAUGUUUUCAUUUUGAAUUUAAAAUAAGUGAAUUCAGAGUAAAAAAAAAAAAACCAAGCACUUACAACACACAAGUAUUACUUUCUUACUAUCCUUUACUGUUUAUUAAAGAAUUGUUAAGUUUAGAUGCUUUCAGCUUAAUUUGAGAAACAAACUUGAUAGGUUUGAUCCUGAAAUUUCAGUUUGUUUGAAGAGACAUAUUUUUGGCCCAUAGUUUAAUGGUGGCCUGCUUUUCUACAGAUGUAUUUCUAAGAAGAUAUAUAUUUUUGUAUCUUUUUAAGGAGUUAUGAGGCUGGUAAUACUGUUGUUGUAUUCACUGAAAGAAGCUGACUUCUGUCUAUACUUUGUUUUAUAAGCAGGAAUGGAUGUUUUAUUAGCUUUACUUGCCAAACGAUUGCAAUUUUGUCAACUUUUUAAGAAUUUGAGUGGGUCAAGCUGAGUUUAAAAAAAAAAAGUUUUAAUCAGAGCCUCUUUGGACCACAUGGUUCUGGUCAGAUAUGGAUGUUAAAGAGGUUGAUUCCAUCUGCUGGAGUUAAUGUUCAAAUGGAUAAAACACUGUCUUUGUCAGCAUGAUCCUAUGCAACACUCAUAAAAAAACAUACCUAUAGUUGAAAAAAUAGGUAUUUUUUAAUUAGACCUGAUUAUGCACCCUUUUCAUACUUUUAUUGUUUAGUGUGCUGUUGUUGGCAUUGUGAAGAAAGUAAAAUAACCAGAUGUUCUGGCCGUUUAAAUACCUUCUGUACUCCUUA